ACAGGAUGAGACAAAGUGUCAGAGAUGUAGUUUUUUGUACUACUACUAUCAAUAUUACUUGAAAAAGGAGAAAAGGGUAUUCUGUUCAGGUUGAAGGGACUACAAUCAAGUACUUGUAAUUACUCUCCUUUCAUCUCCUUUGGCACAAGUUUGGUAACUUGGGUUACAAAUAAAGAUGGCUGCACCAAUCAUUGGUAUAAAAAAGUGAGACAAGAUGGAUGAGAUUCAUAAAGGCCCAGUCAUUCAAGCAGUUCGGGAUAAAUUUGAGAUUGUUGAUUAUGAUGAGGAUGAAGAGGUUCGAAAAGGAGUCAAUAAAAAGUGUAAAACUCUUUACAAAAGUUGGCGUAACAAGAUGAAGACUCAUUACUCGAAGUUGGUAGACGCUGGUGUUGACCCUUACAGUAAACCAUACAAAGGGGUCGAUUAUGAGGCUUGGGUAUACAUGAUCAAUCAUGUGUGGCUUGAUGGCGAUCAUCAGGUAAAAUUUCCUAAUUUAAAGAAUCAUGUUGUAAUUUCAAUUUAAUUUUACUAAUCAAUUAAUUUUGUAAAACUUGGCUGAAAAAGAAAGGGAUAGUCGAUCGAGGUUACCAUGUAAUCAUACAAUGGACUCCAAGUCAU